GACAGCAUUCCUGGUGCCGGGCCGAUAAUUGUUCAUUGCAGUGCCGGAAUCGGCCGUGCCGGGGCGUUCAUUGUGAUCGAUAUGCUAAUCAAUUAUAUCAAAACAAUGGGGCUGAAUUGUGACAUUGACAUCUCGCGCACCAUUCAAGCGGUGCGUGAACAACGCUCGGGUAUGGUCCAAACAGAGACCCAGUACCGUUUUAUCUACAAGGCGGUUCAGCAGUAUGUGAAUACCAUGUCCAAACGGAUUCAGAUGGAUAAUGAUCUUCGUCGAACUGGCCGAGAUUACACGAACAUCAACCGAGCCGCUGACGAUGUUGGCGUGAUUGCAAAUGUGGGAGCCGCUGCGAGCAUGUUUCCGUCCAUGAACUCGAACACCCAUGCGACACACGCAGUCACCACACAUCACGCUGGUGAAACAGCAGCCUCUUCGGAAAUGGGAGCAUCAUUUCACUCGGCGUUGUCUGGAUCACCUCCGAAUCCGGGCUUGAACUCCAUGCCACCAUGCUCCUCUUCACCCCCAGUACCUCCCCUUUCUCCAUCCGCACACCGGAACCAUCCGUGCCCUGUGCAUGGAUCAAAUGCUGUACGGAAAUCUCACGGACGCCAUAGCGAUUAUUGCAUAUGUGGUGCUGCCAGUGGCUGUGGUAGUAGUAAUAGUACUCAUCAAUCCACGACAGCGCCUGUUUUAUCUUCGACAAAGCACUCCACGACUGGCUUGUUGCACCGAUUAACCGGUGGCGCUCGGUCAAGAGCUAGACCAUGA